UGACAUGCAGCUGUGUGGAAGGACACACAUUUUAGGCAAGCAUAAGAGGAAAUUUCUUUGCCACACAGAAUGGAGCGGUUGAGUUAAACCAGGCAAAGAAACAGAGGGCGAGCGAGCGCUGCAGCAAUAACAAAACACAGUUAUGAUUGCAGAAAGUGACAAUAACUCUAAUCGCAGCCAUGGAGGAGAGUAAGGAGCUGGAGAAGUCUGUGGAACGGAGAGGGAAACUAACACCAGUUCUGGCACUGGCCACUCUCAUCUCUGCGUUUGGUUCAUCCUUCCAGUAUGGGUAUAAUGUGGCUGUGAUCAACUCUCCAGCACCAUUCAUGCAGGAGUUUUAUAACGAAACCUACACAGAUCGUUACGAUGAACCGAUGGGGGACAACCUCUUGACCCUCCUGUGGUCAGUGUCUGUGUCCAUGUACCCUCUGGGAGGCUUCUUUGGAUCUCUGAUGGUGGCUCCUCUGGUUAACAAGCUGGGCAGAAAGGGCACCCUUCUCUUCAACAACAUCUUCUCCAUCGUCCCGGCGAUCAUGAUGGGGGUUAGUGAGAUCGCCAAGUCCUAUGAGAUCAUCAUUGUGGCCAGGUUCAUAGUGGGGAUAUGUGCAGGUCUAUCAUCGAACGUGGUGCCGAUGUAUCUGGGAGAACUCGCUCCCAAAAACUUGAGAGGGGCUAUUGGCAUCGUCCCACAGCUCUUCAUCACCAUUGGCAUCCUGGCUGCACAAGUGAUGGGCAUCAGAAACAUACUAGGCAACAACACAGGCUGGACCAUCAUGCUCGGCUUGACGGGCAUUCCUGCAGUGAUAGAGCUGGUUUUCCUGCCCUUCUUCCCAGAGAGUCCCAGGUACAUGCUCAUCCAGAAGGGAGAUGAGAAGAACAGCCGGAAGGCAUUGCAGCGUCUCCGCGGCUGGGAUGAUGUGGAUGCAGAGGUGGAAGAGAUGCAUCUGGAGGACCAGUCGGAGCGGGCCGAGGGCCGUCUGUCGGUGGUGUCCCUGCUGUCCCAGAGGUCUCUCCGCUGGCAGCUGAUCUCCAUCAUCAUUAUGAACAUGGGCCAACAGCUGUCAGGGGUCAACGCGAUCUACUACUAUGCAGACAGUAUUUAUGGUUCUGCAGGAGUAAAUGAGAAAGACGUCCAGUACGUUACAGUGGGGACAGGUGCAGUGAAUGUCUUCAUGACCAUAGCGGCUGUCUUUAUCGUGGAGUCCUCAGGCCGACGGCUGCUCCUUCUUUUGGGGUUUGGCAUCUGUUGUGGGGCCUGUGUGCUGCUGACUGUGGCCCUUCACUUCCAGGAAAACGUGUCAUGGAUGCCUUACAUCAGCAUCGCGUGUGUCAUCAUCUACGUCAUAGGACAUGCCAUCGGUCCCAGUCCCAUUCCCAACGUGGUGACCACUGAGAUGUUCAGGCAGUCGGCCCGGCCAGCAGCUUUCAUGGUCGGAGGCUCCGUCCACUGGAUCUCCAACUUUGCUGUCGGCCUAAUUUUCCCCUUCAUGGAGAGAGGCCUCGGUGCCUACAGCUUCAUCAUUUUCUCCGUCAUCUGCCUGGUCACGCUGAUCUACAUCUGGAUGGUGCUGCCUGAAACCAAGAACAAGACCUUCCUGGAGGUUUCCCAGAUGUUCGCCAAGCGGAACAAAACGGAGAUCAAAGUCGGGGAUGGAGAUCUGCCUCUUAAGGACAGCAAAGAGAGCCUGGAUAAUUCAGAAAGGAGCAAAGCCUUCUGACUACAUGAACGAGAGAACUGAGAGGAAAAUUUUAGCUACAGGAUGCAGAGAGGGAUUUCAGAGGUUUAAUUUUGACUCCGCUAUCUUUGUAGGGAUUCAGACUCAGGCUGGUUAAUUUUGGCACAAUUAGUUUUUAACAUUCUUCAGCAGGUUAAAAAUAUUUAAUAGUUGCAAAGAUGUGACAGUAUUUUAAAACACAAAACAAAAAAACAUAAACUUUUAACGUAGGCCUUUAUUUAUGAUGCACAGACAUGGAUACAUGGAUGAAGCUAUGAAACAUUUUAAACAUUGAACUGCAAGAGCCUGAUAUGCAUUUUAUCUUUUAUUACCAUCACCAUUUACUAAGGUCAUACCAUUAGAUGGGAUGUUUUGCAGCUUGUGAGCUCAUUUCACAAGCAGGACAGGGUUUUCAGCAGAAUGGUUGCAAAAUUCGGAAACUUUCCAUGGGAAAUAAGUAGACUUUAGGAAAUAAACAUUGAUAUGUUGAAAAAUGUGACUAAAAUAACUACAUUUAAUUGCUGCUUACUGCUGAGGUAUUGAGCCCAUACCCCAAUUUACACCCUGAAUUCCUUCACCUGCAAAGAUGAUUUACAAGCGUAUUGAAGAAACACAUCUGAGCCCAUAUUCUAGCUGAAGUGAAGCAGCAGUGGGUGACAUUAUGGGGUGAAUAAAUAUAAGGUGUUGGUUUGUCUCACAGAUAUUAUGACUAUGAUGGGAGUGUUUUUAUAAUCAUGUUGGAAUCCCAAAAACUCACAUAGUUUACAUGGAAAGUUUGAAUUUUAGCAAUUUAUUUUGAAAAUGUAGAAGCCACUUUAGGAACAUCUGUACUGGUUGUCCAGCUGCACUCCCCCAAAAAUGCGUAGUUUGCUGCUUCCCCAGCUCAACACAUUCCCCGCAAUAGUGCCGUUUUUCUGGCACAAAAACUGGUCUCGGAUCUCUGCUGUGGUCAGCACAUAGUCCCAGAUGUUGACAUCCGUCAUUUUACCCACAAAGGCGUCUGUGUUGGAGAUUCCCAGAUAUCCGUCCUGGUCUUUGCCUAGUAUGAGCGUACCGCCAGGGCUGAUCAUGUGGCUGCUUUGGAGGUGCCUCUGCUCCCCGCCCAUCCCGUUGAUCCACAGGUCCACCCCGCCUGAGUGGGACGACCAGGUGACGCAGUAGUUGGUCCAGUCUUGGGUCUUCAAGCUGUGGGGCAUGUUGACGAACUCGUUGCUGAUCCACAGACCCACCUCCCUCACAUUGGUAUCGUCAGUGAUGGAGACCAUCAGCUCGUUAUCAUGGCCGUUGCUGGAGUAGGAGAUGACCGUGUUGACCCCUCUACCCUUGAGGAGAACAUGCAUGCAGACAGUGAAGGCGUCCAGAUCCAUGGGCUUGCUGAGUUGAGCCAGAGCGUAUGUAUCAGCGUUUUUAUCAUCGAAGCUGAGCACCAGAGGGAAGAGGUCACUGUGUUCUGAUGGAGAUAAUAAAGCUUUCAUCAGGCUGGAGAAGCAAAACACACCUUUGAAUCAUAGUUUUAAAGCUGAUAAGCAGACAUUUUACUCAUAUUUCCAUUCAUUUUAGUCACAUGUCAGUCUUUUUGGAUUGAUUUCCAUUUAGCUGAACACUUUUAUUUAAUACAGAUAGAAUAUUGUGCCUCUGAUGACAUCAUAUAACAGAUACCAGCAUCUCGCCUGCCGCCCUGAGAUCUUAUCAUUUUUAUGCUUCUCUUUGUCCUGUAAAAAGCUUGUGUAUGCAGUCUGUUAUGAAAAUAAAGCCUUUCUUAUUCAAUCUUC